UGUCGGCAGAGGCUUAGGCAGGAGACCAGCAGCGACGGGCGAGCGAAACUCCGAAGGAAAUCCCGGGAACUUUGGGCGCCAAAUUGGAGUGGGGAGGCCGGCUGAGCUUGUUUAAUGUGAUUAUUAACGUGGUUAAUUGAUUGUCGGCAAGUCGUUUUGAUAAUUGUUCCGAGCCGUCGCGGCGUGGAAUGAGAGAGAGUUAUUUAAGGGGAGCUUAUUUAAUCGCGAGCGUCUCGCUUCCUCGUUGAGUGUGUUCGUGAUAUUAAUUAUAUUAUUAGGCUCGAAUUGCAAGAGUCCUCGACAUGGCCGAUUCAAACAAGCUGACAAAGUUGAUCCACACGACCUUUAAUAUUUACGGAUUGAAAAUAACGAGGAAAUUGAGCGUCGUCGUGGCAAAACAUUUGCAAAAUAAUACAGAUUUGAAUCCGGAGAUUUGGCUGACGAAAAUAAUCGAGCAAAUACUGGGACAGAAUCUGCCAGGCGCCAACGUCGAUCUGGACAAUAUAAAGCUUGCCUUGAAGGAGUGCUUCAAGCCCGAAAGUACGUUGAAGGAGACGGAAUCGGUGCUAAAUGUCAUUGAUAUUUUCACCGUACCUAAGGUGGUCUACGAUACUAAUAAGAAAAAGUAUACGAUACAAAGAAUGGAUAAUAAUUUGUUCUCCGAAGCUGUCGACAAGUCAUUCGUUUUUAAGGAGCGACUGGAUCUGCUGUGGUACAGAACACAGAGGCACGCGAGUUUCGCGCCGGCCAAAUUUGGCAAGACAGAGUCCAAUAAAUUGCAAUUGGUUCCCAUAGAAUUUUUACUUAGCCAGGCCAAGACGAAAGAUGUCUGUAUUAUGGGACUAUUGUCUCAGAUUACGGAAGGUCAAUAUUACCUGGAGGAUUAUACCGGAUCUAUUAAAAUAGAUCUCAAAGAUGCUUUCUUCAGUUCGAGCUUAAUUAUGGAAGGGUCCAUUGUUCUAGCCAAGGGACGAUACGUAGAAGGAAUUUUACAGGUUGAUAACAUUGAUUUCCCACCGCCGGAUUCGGUAGAAAAUAGCCGAGUCAAUUUCGGGGAUAGCAAUACCUUUGGCGGAUCUCAUCCGACGUCCUUAAAAUUAUCAGAAAAAUUAAAAGCGUACGAAGAGGCGAAUAAAGAUAAUUUCAUUAUUGUGAUAUCGGAAUUCUGGGUGGAUAGUGAAAUUGUGUUAAGCAAAUUUAAGGUUCUACUCUCUGGAUUCUCAGAAAGUCCUCCAACCGCUAUUGUACUAUGUGGCCACUUCUUAAGUUUCUCAAUGACUGUCACGAGCGUUAAAAAAUUGAAAGAAGGUUUUAAAAGACUUGCUGCAAUCAUUGCUGAGUUCCCGGUGAUUCAGAAAAAUACUAGCCUUAUACUGGUACCUGGCCCCUACGAUCUUAGUGCCCCGAAUAUAUUACCAAGGGCGCCGCUACCGAAAUACGUGCUCGAAGAUCUUUUAAAAAUUUUACCCAACACGUAUUUAGCGACGAAUCCUUGUCGAUUACAAUACUGUACAAAAGAAAUUGUUAUUUUUAGAGAAAACAUGUUAUCUAAACUGUGUCGAAAUACUCUACAUUAUCCAAAAAAGGAGGAAGACGAGGCGAGUGAGAAUAGGGGAGAAAAAAUAUACGAAGCUUUUGCCAAAUCAAUUAUUAGACAGUCGCAUUUAACGCCUCUACUCUUUUCAAUGAUUCCUGUGUAUUGGAAACACGAUCAAGCCUUACACCUCUAUCCAACGCCAGAUCUUAUAAUCGUAGCCGAUGAUUUCCAGCCUUACGCUACAAGUUACGCCAACUGCAAAGUUAUUAAUCCUGGACCAUUUAGUAAGAGUAAUUUUGCUUUUAAAUGCUACAAUCCUGCGGAUAAUAUUGUAGAAGACUGUGAAAUACCUGCCGAUGAUGGCUAAAUCUAGCUUAAUUUUAAUAACUUCAAAUAAAGAAGAGAAAUUAAAAAU